CGAAGAUGCGGGCGCCGGCCAGGGAGCUCUUCCGGGACGCCGCCUUCCCCGCCGCGGACUCCUCGCUGCUGUCCGGCCGCUCCACGCCGCUGGCCCGGCUCCGCGGGGACAUCACGUGGCGCCGGCCCCAGGAGAUCUGUGCGGCACCCCGACUCUUCUCAGACAGCCCGCAGGAGGGCCCGGUGAAGCAGGGGCUGCUGGGCGACUGCUGGUUCCUGUGCGCCUGCGCCGCGCUGGGCCGGAGCCGGCCACUGCUGCACCAGGUUUUUCCUCCGGGGCAGCCGCACUGGCGGGACCCGGAGUACCGGGGCGCCUUCACGUGUCGGGUCUGGCAGUUUGGACGUUGGGUGGAGGUGACCGUAGAUGACCGUCUGCCUUGCCUCGCGGGGAGACUCUGCUUCUCCCGGUGCCACAGCGAGGAUGUGUUCUGGCUCCCCUUGCUGGAGAAGGUCUACGCCAAGGUCUAUGGCUCCUACGAACACCUGUGGGCAGGGCAGGUGGCGGACGCGCUGGUGGACCUGACCGGCGGCCUGGCAGAACGCUGGAGCCUGAAGGACUUGGCCGGAGCCAGCGGCGAGCAGGACGGACGCCCGGCGGGUGGCCCGGAGCUCAGGACCUGCCGGCAGCUGCUGCGCCUCCAGGACCAGUGUCUGAUCAGCUGCUCCGUGCUCAGCCCCAGGCCAGGUGCCUCGGGGCUGGGGGAGUUCCACGCCUUCAUCAUCUCAGAGGUGCGGGAGGUUCCGACGGGGGCCGGCCCAGCCAUCCUGCUGCUGCGCAUUCAGAACCCCUGGGGCCGGCGCUGCUGGCAGGGGCCCUGGAGAGAGGGGGGUGAAGGCUGGAGCCGGGUGGAUGCGGCAGAGGCGUCGGGGCUGCUGUCCCGGCUGCAGGAGGGGGAGUUCUGGGUGGAGGAGGAGGAGUUUCUCCGCGAGUUCGACGAGGUCACCAUCGGCUACCCGGUCACGGAGGCCGGCCACCUGCAGAGCCUCCGCUCAGGGAGGGAGCUGCGCCACAUGCAGCAGCUGCCCGGGGCCUGGGUCAAGGGCCAGUCGGCCGGGGGCUGCCGGAACAACAGCGCCUUUCCCAGCAACCCCAAGUUCUGGCUGCGGGUCUUAGAGCCCAGUGAGGUGUACGUGGCCGUCCUGCAGAGGCCCCCGGUGCGCUCGGCGGACUGGGCAGGCCGGGCCCUGGCAGGGGACCCUUGUGCAGCCAGGAGCGUGGCCAGCUCCCCGGGCAGGGCCUGCCAGGCUGUGGGCCUGCACAUCUGGAAGGUGGAGAAGCGCCGGGUCAGCCUGCCCAGGGUCCUGUCCGCACCCCCCGUGGCGGGCACCCCGUGCCACGCCUACGACCGGGAGGUGCACCUGCGCUGCGAGCUGCCCGCGGGCCACUACCUGGCUGUGCCCAGCACCUUCCUGAAGGACGCGCCGGGGCAGUUCCUGCUGCGUGUCUUCUCCACCGGGAGGGUCUCCCUCAGUGCCAUCCGGGGCGCCCCCAGCCCCCGCUGCCGGGAGGCGCCGCCUGCAGGCGAGUGGGAGACCGUGCGGCUGGCGGGUGCCUGGCAGGCCGGCCGGACGGCGGGAGGCAGCAGGAACUUUGCCUCCUUCCCCACCAACCCCUGCUUCCCGCUCUCGGUGCCCGCGGGCGCCGGCCCCCGCAGCGUGCGCAUCACCCUGCGCCAGCACUGCGACGGCAGCCAGUGCCUCCCCAUCGGCUUCCACGUCUUCCAGGUGCCGCCAGGGGGCGGGAGCCCAGGGGCACCCCCGCUGCUGCUCCAGGAGCCGGUGCUGAGCUGCGUGCCCCAUCGCUACGCCCAGGAGGCGCUCGGUACACAGCCAGGAGACGCUGGGGCAGCCCCUGCAGGAGGCCUCCUACAUGGCGGUGAGGAGGACCUGAACGACGGCCGGUGUCAGCUGCGCCAGGGCCCAGGCGGCCUCCUGGGCCCCUGGGCCUGUCCCUGAAGCCUGGCCUGGACGGAGGCGGCCUGCGGGCAGGUGCCAGGGACAGCCCCGUGCUCCCGCAUCUCACGCUGGGAGAGCGGGCUCCGCCGGGAGGGACUGGCCCAUCCCCCAAAGUCUGGUGACCAUUUUAGGGGGAAAUUCAAUAAACUUGAACCCAGCAGUUUGCCGCGAAUCUGUGCCAGCAGCUGCGCGGGUGCAGCCUGUGGGAGGGACGGCGCUGGGUCUGCAGGAGGUGCUCAGAGCCCACCCCAGGCCC